AGACCUCCACAACAUUCCUCACCACCUCAGCUGAGUCGUCCACCACCAUCUCAACCUCUGGAGACACCUCUCCAUCUCUCACCUCCACACAGGAGACCUCCAUGACUUCCUCUACCACCUCCGCCGAGUCCUCCACCAUCUUCUCCACCGCAGAAGGCACCUCCCCUGCUCUCAGUUCCACACCAGAGACCUCCACGCUGACCUCCAGUACCUCCUCUGGGUCCUCCAGCACCUUCUCCACCCCUGAAGGCACCUCCUCUGCUGGGACAUCCACACAGGAGACCUCCACACUGUCCUUCACCACCUCUGUUGUCACCUCCAGCACCUUCUCCACCCCUGGUGAUACCACCCCAUCCUUUGCCUCCACACCAGAGACCUCCACACCAUUCUUCACCACCUCAGUUGAGUCAUCCACUGUGUUCUCCACCCCAGCGGACACCUCUCCAUCUCUCACCACCACACAGGAGACUUCCGCGUCCUCCUCCUCUACGUCAGCCGAGUCCUCCACCACCUUCUCCAGCCCUGGAGUCACCUCUCCAUCUCUCACCUCCACUCAGGAGACCUCCACGUCCUCCUCCACCACUUCCCCUGAGUCCUCCACCAUCUUCUCCACCCCUGGAGGCACUUCCCCAUCUCUCACAUCUACACAGGAGACCUCCACGACUUCCUCCACCACCUCCCCUGAGUCGUCCACCGCCUUCUCCAGCCCAGGGGACACCUCUCCAUCUCUCACCUCCACACAGGAGACCUCCACGUCCCCCUCCUCUACCUCAGCCGAGUCCUCCACCACCUUCUCCUCCCCAGGAGACACCUCCCCUGCUGAGACCUCCACACUGGAGACCUCCACACCACCCUCCAGCACCUCCUCUGAGGCCUCCAGCACCUUCUCCCCUCCAGGAGACACCUCUUCUGCUCUCAGUUCCACACAGGAGACCUCCACAUCCUCCUCCUCGACCUCCCCUGAGUCCUCCACCACCUUCUCCACCUCUGCAGACACCUCCUCUGCUGAGACCUCCACACAGGAGACCUCCACAUUGUUCCUCACCACCUCAGUUGAGUUCUCCACCACCUUCUCCUCCUCAGGGGACACCUCCACCACUGUCACCUCCACACCAGAGACCUCCACACCAUCGUUGACCACCUCAGCCGAGUCCUCCAGCGCCUUCUCCAGCCCUGGAGUCACCUCCUCUGCUGAGACCUCCACACAGGAGACCUCCACAACAUUCCUCAUCACCUCAGCUGAGUCGUCCACCACCAUCUCAACCUCUGGAGACACCUCUCCAUCUCUCACCUCCACACAGGAGACCUCCACAUCCUCGUCCUCUACAUCAGCUGAGUCCUCCACUACCUUCUCCACCUCUGCAGACACCUCCUCUGCUGAGAACUCCACACAGGAGACCUCCACACCGUCCUCCAGCAGCUCCUCCGGGUCCUCCACCACCUUCUCCACCCCUGGAGGCACUUCCCCAUCUCUCACCUUCACACCGGAGACCUCCACACCAUUCUUCACCACCUCAGCCGUGUUGCCCACCACGUUCUCCACCCCAGGAGACACCUCUCCAUCUCUCACCUCCACACAGGAGACCUCCACCCCAUCCUCCAGCACCUCAGUUCAGUUCUCCACCACCUUCUCCACCCCUGGAGGCACCUCUACAGCUGAGACCUCCACACAGGAGACCUCUACAACAUUCCUCACCACCUCUGUUGAGUCCUCCACCACCUUCUCAACCUCUGCAGACACCUCCUCUGCUCUCGGUUCCACACCAGAGACCUCCACGUCCUCCUCCUCGACCUCAUCUGAGGCCUCCAGCACCAUCUCGACCCCUGGAGACACCUCCACCACUCUCACCUCCACACCAGAGACCUCCACACCAUCCUCCACCACCUCAGCCGAGUCCUCCACCACCUUCUCCAGCCCUGGAGUCACCUCCUCUGCUGUCACCUCCACACAGGAGACCUCCACACUGUCCUCCACCACCUCCCCUGAGUCCUCCACCACCUUCUCCUCCCCAGGAGACACCUCCACCACUCUGACCUCCACACCAUCCUCCACCACCUCAGCUGAGUCCUCCACCACCUUCUCCACCUCUGAAGUCACCUCUCCAUCUCUCACCUCCACACAGGAGACCUCCAUGUCCUCCUCCACCAUCUCCUCUGAGUCCUCCAACACCUUCUCCUCCCCAGGAGACACCUCCUCUGCUGAGACCUCCACACCAGGGACUUCCAGACCAUCUUUCACCACCUCAGCCGAGUCCUCCACCACCUUCUCCACCCCUGGAGUCACCGCUCCAUCUCUCACCUCCACACCAGAGAUCUCCACACUGUCCUUCACCAUCACAACCGAGUUGUCCACCAUGUUCUCCACCCCAGGAGACACCUCUCCAUCUCUCACCCCGACAGAGGAGUCCUCCACCCCAUCCUACACCACCUCAGUUGAGUCGUCCACCACCAUCUCAACCCGUGGAGACACUUCCUCUGCUGAAACCUCCACUCAGGAGACCUCCACCACCUCAGUUGAGUUCUCCACUACCUUCUCUACCCCUGAAGACACCACUCCAUCUCUCACCUCCACUCAGGAGACGUCCACAGUGUCCUUCUCCACCUCAGCUGAGUCCUCCACCACCUUCCCCACCCUUGGAGACGCCUCCCCUGCUGAGACCUCCACACAGGAGACCUCCACACUGUCCCUCACCACCUCUGUUGACUCCUCCACCACCUUCUCCACCACUGAAGACACCUCUCCAUCUCUCAGCUCCACACCAGAGACCUCCACACUGUUGUCCACCACCUCAGUUGAGUCCUCCACCACCUUCUCCACCUCUGCAGACACCACCACUGCUGAGACCACCACACAGGAGACCUUCACACCAUCCUCCAUCACAGCCUCUGAGCCCUCCACCACCUUCUCCACCCCUGGAGACACCUCUCCAUCUCUCACUUCCACACCAGAGACCUCCACACCGUCCUCCACCACCUCAGCCGAGUCCUCCACCACCUUCUCCAGCCCUGGAGUCACCUCCUCUGCUGACACCUCCACACCGGAGACCUCCACACCGGAGACCUCCACACCGUCCUUCACCACCUCUGUUGACUCCUCCACCACCUUCUCCACCACUGAAGACACCUCUCCAUCUCUCAGCUCCACACCAGAGACCUCCACACCGUUCCUCACCACAUCUUCUGAGUCCUCCACCACCUUCUCCACCCCUGGAGUCACCUCUCCAUCUCUAAUGUCCACACAGGAGAGCUCCAGACCAUCCUCCACCACCUCAGUUGAGUCCUUCCCCACCUUCUCCACCUCUGCAGACACCACUCCAUCUUUUACCUCAACACAAGAGACCCCAACAUCAUUCUCCACCGCGUCCCUCAGGUCCUCCACCACCUUCUCCACCCCUGGAGACACCUCCCCUGCAGAGACCUCCACACCGGAGACUUCCACACUGUCCUUCACCACCUCUGUUGACUCCUCCACCACCUUCUCCACCCCUGGAGACACCUCUCCAUCUCUCACUUCCACACCAGAGACCUCCACACCGUUCCUCACCACCUCCUUUGAGUCCUCCACCACCUUCUCCACCUCUGCAGACACCUCCUCUGCUCUCAGUUCCACUCAGGAGACCUCCACGUCCUCCUCCUCGACCUCAGCUGAGUCCUCCACCACCUUCUCCUCCCCAGGAGACACCUCCACCGCUCUCACCUCUACACCGGAGGCCUUCACACCAUUCUUCACCACCUCAGCUGAGUUGUCUACCACGUUCUCCACCUCUGGAGACACCUCUCCAUCUCUCACCACCACACAGGAGACCUCCAGACCAUCCUCCACCACAUCCACAGAGUCCUCCACCAUCUUCUCCACUUCUGGAGGUCCCUCCCAUGCUGAGAACUCCACUCAGGAGACCUCCACCUCCUCCUCCUCCACCUAUUUUGAGACCUCCACCACCUUCUCCACCCCUGGAGGAACCUCCACUCCUGAGACUUCCACUCAGGAGACCUCCUCGUCCCCAUCCACCACUACCACUGUCAUGACCUCCACCAACUCCACCCCAAUGACCUCCACCGCCUCCACCCCAAUGACCUCCACCAACUCCACCCCAAUGACCUCCACCAACUCCACCCCAAUGACCUCCACCCCCACGGCGACGGCCGCGCAGCCUCUGGUUGUGUGUGAGAACGGUGGCACCUACGAUGGUGUGAAGUGUCUCUGCACCUCCUUCUUCUACGGUCCUUCAUGCGAGUUCGCCGUCGACUCUUUCCAGACGACCCUUCCUGUCCCGGAUGCCAUCGUAGCAGAAGUGGAGGUUGAAGUGACCGUCACCAACUUCAACUUCACCGAUGAGCUGAGGGACACUCAGUCCAACGCAUACCUCGAGUUCGAGAAGCACUUCCACACGGAGAUCCAGAAGAUCUAUGGGCACCUCCCGGGCUACCAAGGCGUGAAGAUCUUGGGCCUCAGCUCCGGCAGCGUCGUGGUGGACCAUAAGGUCUUCUUCGCCUUAAAGAACAGCACCGAUUUGGCCGAGACGUUUGAGGCCAUAACGAAGGACCUGGUGGACUCCUUACAAGAAACGAAGAACAACCAAAGCGACUGCCAAGACACCACCUCCAUCCUCUGCCUCAAGCUGUCGCCCAACCCCAUCGUCAGGAACAUGACGGAGGCGCCUUCUCUGGAUGCUCUCUGCUGGCAGAACGUCUUCAACCUCUACCGUUACUACUACUUCGCGUGGCCCAUGGGCGACGCCAUCCGGUGCAUCUCCAACUGCACUCCCAACACUCCGUCCACCAUGGACUGCCACCACGGCCAAUGCCACAUCACCAAGAACGGUCCUCAGUGCUUCUGCCAGGAUGAGGCCAUGUAUUGGUACGCGGGCUCCCAGUGCUCCGGGCGCGUCAGCAAGCUGGGGAUGGGUCUUGGCUUGGUGGCCACCAUCUUGCUCAUCGUCUGCGUCGUUCUCGCCGUCAUCGUGGCCAGAGAGCGAAGGAGGAAUGAGAGUGACCUUCAACCCUACGCGAUGGGCAACUGGUACGAGGACGAUGGCUUGACCUGGCAGUCACCCGACAGCUUCGUCUACCAGAAGCUGGGGGUCACCAACUCUACUGGUGGCGAAAGUCUACGCACCUUCACACCUUCCUUGGAACUGGUGGAUACGUCCAUACCGAUGAAGAUCUCAAGGCCACAGGUGACCACGAGGCUAUGAUUGUCCACCGGGAUCACCUCAGACGCCGACAGACGCAAACUGGGCUGAAGAGCAGAAGAACCUCAAUGCAACGGAUCUUCUCUCCCCGUGAGCGGACUCGAAUCCGCCCGACGCCGCCGUCCUCUUGGCUCACGGACGGCGUCAACCGUCGGCCGAGAUCCACCGAGGUGGACGAGCGGCGGUAUUUAUUAUUU